GUCUGUCAAUAUAAACCAGGCUGGUUUCCUGGAAACUUUGAUCCCUUGCCCGAGCGUCCACCAUCAGGAGGGAACUGUGCAUCACAAGAGCAAAACAAGAAUGGCCGCCUACCACCCUUAUCGCCCCAUGCUCUGCACUGUUCCUAAUGCACCAUUCUUGUUAUCGGCCUCCACCUCAGGACAGAUCUUCCACAAUAUCAGCAUGACUAAGGUACGGCGUAUACGAUGCGUGAAGGCUGCUCUAGAUUGCGGCACCGCCAAGCUUUGUGCCUGGACCAAUGUUCAGCGAGAACAUUGGGAAGGUGAUUUGGCCGUGGAAGGAAACCUCCCUGCUUGGCUGAAUGGAACAUACCUGAGGAACGGGCCAGGCCUAUGGGAUGUCGGCGAGCACUCAUUCCACCACAUUUUCGACGGGUACGCCACACUGGUACGCAUCUCCUUCAAUCAAGGACGUGCUACCGGCGCACAUCGUCUCAUCCAGUCGGAGGCAUACAAGGCUGCCCGGACGCACGGCCGGCCUCUCCACCGUGAGUUCUCCAGCCUGUGCCCACGCAAGCCAGGGAGCCUGCUCGAUCGCGUGCGCAAUAUCGUUGGGCUCAGCAGCGGCACCGCCCUUUCCGACAACGCCAACGUCUCCGUGCUUCCCCUCGGCGAUGGACGGGUGAUCUGCCUCACUGAGACCACCAAGAGCUCCGUUUUGAUAGACCCGGACACUCUGGACACCAUCGGGAAGUUCCAUUUCACCGAUAGGUUGUGGGGCUUGUUACAGUCCACGCACCCGGUUGUGACACCGACCGAGUUUCUGACGCUGCUCCCGGACCUCUUCCGGCGUGGCCACCGUGUCGUCAGGAUGGCUGCAGGGAGCAACGAGAGGAAAGUGCUAGGGAGAGUGCAUUGCCGAGGAGGAUUGGCACCCGGGUGGGUGCACUCUUUCGCUGUCACUGAGAACUACAUUAUCGUGCCGGAGAUGCCGCUCCGGUACUCGGUCACCGGCGUGCUGAAGUCUGAGCUCACACCAUGGUACAUCUUCGACUGGGUACCGGAGUCUGGGAGCUACAUGCACGUCGUAUGCAGGUCCACUGGAAAGACUGUGGCCAGCGUGGAGGUUCCUCCAUUCAUGGCAUUACACUUCAUCAACGCAUAUGAACAGGGAGACGAUGACGGCGGGACAGGUGUGAUCAUCGCUGACUGCUGCGAGUACUAUGCUGAUCCUGCUAUCAUCGAGGCACUUGCACUCCAUAGGCUAAGAUCGCCAGGAAUUAACAAGGAUGCAUUCCCGGAUGCCAGGGUAGCCCGGUUCAGGAUACCUUUGGAUGGAAGUGCCAGGGGCGAGCUGGAGACGGUGGUGGAUCCUGACGCGCAUGGCCGGGGAGUGGAGUUGUGUUCCAUCAACCCAGCCUAUCAGGGCAAGGAGUACCGUUACGUUUACGCCUGCGGCGCGCGACGGCCUUGCAACUUCUUCAACUCGCUCACUAAGAUCGACCUCGCCGAAAAAGGGGCCAAGAACUGGUAUGAGGCGGGCUCUGUGCCAUCAGAGCCCUUCUUUGUGGCGAGGCCGGGAGGAACUAAUGAGGAUGACGGUGUUGUAAUAUCGAUUGUAAGCACCGUAGAAGGUGAAGGUUAUGCGCUGGUACUGGACGCAGCGAGUUUCAAAGAGGUUGCGCGCGUGAGCUUCCCCUAUGGACUUCCCUAUGGUUUCCACGGCUGCUGGAUUCCGAAAAAGAUUUGAGAGUGUCGAUCGUAUUUCCUGUCAGCUUUAUUAGAAUUGAAGCGCAAGAUAGCAGUUAGCUCUAGUCCACCAAUUUAUUCCUGUACAAAUUAAACGUACUUUGUAGAUAUCAUUUCUCUUGCUCAUCACAUUGUGGUACAGUUACAGUACUGGGGAACUUCCCAUC